CCGUCUUUCGUCACAACAAAUUCGGCGUGAUAGUCGAGGUUGUGAUUACUUUACCUACCGUGAAGCAAGAAAAAUGAUUUCGAAGGCUGCUUUGUCACACUCAAUAUAGCCUCGAUAAAAAGUUGCAGACUAUCGUGUAUAUGGAAGAUAGAUUAACGACCUAGAGUACUGAUAUGUCGGGAUCGGGUACUUCGCAAACGGUAGAAACAAGCGUCGAUGGAAUAUUGACAUCAGUAGGAGGCGCCGCUCCCAAUCCGAAUACGAACAGGAGUGACCCUCUCGAAACUGCCAAGUGGACGCGGUUUCUUCCAGAAGCGUUUGGAAUCAGGGAAUCCGUUCGGAAAUCCUCUUACAGGUGGUGUGUUCGCGAGGGGUAAGUUUUUCGAAUCACUCAAUUGAAAGUUAUUGUUUUGCUCAUUAUUUGUCAUCUUCGCUGUCACGAAACAAUAUCUUAUUGUAACACUUACCCCCACGUUCACAUGAUUUGGGUUUUGGUUCAAAGGGGGAUGUGGGGAAUAGCCACUGCGACGGCAAUGAGUUUGUAAGUUAUUACCUCUAUGUGACCUAUUCGAUUGGUUGUAUUCUAAUGAAAAAAGUGCUAAACAUUUCACUGCACGAUGAUGUAAUUCCUUUAAAUUUCUUUGGAAGACACCGGCUUCGCAUGGGGACCAAGCCAGUAAUGGCCGGGCACUGUUUUUUUGGAACCUUUAUGGUAGUUAUGCUCCCGUCGUAUUAUUUUUGCUAUCGACGACGCGAGCAUCAAGAACAGGUGAUCGAAAUGAUGAUGAAGUAUAAUCAAUUUGGCCACGCAACAGAUUUACCGGAAGAGCCGCCGCUUGAGGAACAUCCCUUCUGGGAACAAAACAACGAGGGCGAUACUUCUAACGCGGAGACAAAACACGAUAGAGAAUUCCGUGGAUUGAUUAAGGAACGCAAGGAGUGGCAGAAACCUCAAGAUCCUUCCUUCGAUGAAAUAUUUCAAGAAAGGAAGUAAUAAAGCAAGCAUGAAUUUCUCCCAUCUAUCUAGCCUUAUGCAACACUUCUAGGGAUGGUUCGAUUCCUUUGUUGAUUUCUUACAGCAAUUAUGGCUUGCGCGACUCCCUUCUUUGUGCAUGUGGAACAUGAAUGCUGUGAGGUACUCUUCCAUCCGAACCAAUAUUUCGUCCAGUCAUCAACUCUGCUGAUCCCUGCUGUUUACGGUAGAGAUCCCCCCCUUUCGGCACUCUAUUAGUGGUGCAACAAUUUAUGUUUUCGGACACUGAAUGCAAUUUAAAUCUUUCUAUGAAAUCUAUGAAAGAGCUGAUGCUAUCUGAACGAAAUUGUAAACAGUGCGGUGCUGAAUAGUACAAGAAAUAGACAGUAUUGUGUGCUGUAUCUUUCUUACAUAAUGCUGAAUAAAGAUUGAUGUGCUUUUACAGGGCGCUAUUAUUGCUAGCUGCGGGCACGAAAACACAAAUUUCUCACACUGCAGAGAUUCAAAGGCUGAAUUUCUUAGACCGGGAUCUUGCCCGUGCCGGUAGCCAAUUUGUAAUAUCCACUUCCCAAACGAACCAAUCCCAUUCCGGCAACAGCAAAAACAAAUCCAGCGACCAUUUUGUCGCUAUCCUGCUUCAACCAAGUAGGGUUAGCCUCUCCUUGCUGUGUCCCUCCCCUUUUCUGGAUUUUCUUGAUCUCGUUAACCUUUUUUACCGUAUGGUACAUUCACAGAAUAGCAUGGGAUUGUCGUGUUGCACAUUUUUUGUCCAUAGCGCGAUAUCCACCAAAUAUUAGAAAUCAAUCGAAACGAAGCAGUCAGUGGUUGUUUUAGAGAUGGUUGAUUAAAACUUAAAUUACGAAGAAGCGGAAUCCAAUGAGUUUGGCGAAGCCUGGUUGUCGGUGGUUGAAUACUCUUACCUUGUCGGGGUAGUUGGUUAGGUAAUCAACGAUCCCGCGUCUUUGCUGUUGCACGGGGGCUCGACGAGCCAUGACUCGUGUUGCAACAAUUCUACUGGUAGCGAGAGACAUCUUGGUUCUACUUUGAAAAGAAAGGCUUCAACCCAAGACAAUCAAUUUCCUUGCAACUU